CCGCCCGCCUGACUCAUUCAAGAUGGCCGCCCAGGGCGAUGUGAGAUGGUCACGGCUAUUACUGUGGAGGUUGUGGCAGGCCCGGGGGGUUCCACAAAACUUGGGAUUGGGCCUGGGCCUAGAAGCGAGAACUUAUUCCCGGAGCGACGGCCCGUACUCGCGCACGGCGCUGUAUGAGCUGCUCGGCGUCCCCUCCACGGCCACGCAGGCGCAGAUCAAGGCGGCUUACUACCGGCAGAGCUUCCUUUACCACCCGGACCGCAACGCCGGGAGCGCCGAGGCUGCCGAGCGGUUCACGCGCAUCUCCCAGGCCUACGUGGUGCUGGGCAGUACCACCCUGCGUCGCAAGUAUGACCGCGGCCUGCUCAGCGACGAGGACCUGCGUGGCCCCGGGGUCCGGCCUUCCAAGACGCCCGCCACCGACCCCGACUCGCCCCGCACCCAGCCGCCUGCCUCUCGGACCCAGGGCCGCGGUCAGGCCUCGUCGGGAGCCAACCGCACCAUGUUCGACUUUGACGCCUUCUACCAGGCGCACUACGGCGAGCAGCUGGAGCGCGAGCGGCGCCUGAGGGCCCGGCGGGAGGCCCUUCGCAAGCAGCGGGAGGACCAGGCCAAGAAAGGCUUACGCUGGGACGAGGCCCGAGACACGGCUUUAUUCGUGGUUCUGCUCACAGUUUUCAUCAUCAUGGGUUUUCGUUUUUAAUCGGAGAGCGGAGGGAAGGGGAGCAGCCGCGCCACCGCCCCCCCAACCCCCAAGAAAACGGCCUUUCCUGUCUUCUUGAACCCGUUGCCUCCAUUGUCUGCUGUUGUCUACCUCUACUGGGGUCCGAAGGAACUGCUCUCCCCUUUCCCUUCCCCACCCGGCCAGCUUAGCCAUUGACCUGCAUAUCCCUACCCUUCUGGUCCAGAAAAGGAGGCUUUUUGAUGCCCAAGAAAAAGGCUCCCAAUGAGGAGUCCCGAAAGCCCGAGAGUGAGGGGUUUCCUGGAGGCCCUGGGGUGCCUGCUUCCAGAUGAUGUCAAUUUCUGGAACACUUGCUGUGGCUUUCCUGUAAAGCUCCGAGCAAGACUCGUCUGCUCCUGCCCCACGUGUGUAGCGUGGGGCUCCUCUGUAACCUUGAAACGUGCAAUGUGACCAAUUGUGACUGCCAAAAGAAAAAUUCUGGGGUGAUAAGAAACUUGUCUUUCUGUGAGUUCCCCAAGCCACAGGUGAGACCCAGUGUAGGGUAAGGAUGUGAUCUGUGGGAACCUGGCCAUUCUUUGGUGGUCAGACCCCACUCCGCCUUCUGUUGGUGGUGAGUGUGAGUGGGAAAGAAAGCAAGGUCAUGAGAGUAAGGAAUGAGCCUUCCUGUUCCCAUGCUUAUCUAAUGUAUGACCUCGGAGAGGUUACUCUGUGGGCGUGAUGGCAGAGGAGCAAAUCGUUUGCUCUCUUUCGGUCUGUCACACUUGAUUAUCCAUGUUCUAAUAGGCUCAGUGAUUAAAGUAUGAUGCCAGGGUCUUCCCUGGCGGUCCAGUGGCUAAGACUCCGUGCUUCCACUGCAGGGGGCACAGGUUCAAUCCCUGGUUGAAGAACUAAGAUCCCACAUGGUGCAGCAGCAGGGGGGAAAAAGAAAAAAAAUAUAUA